AUUCGAAUACUCUAGGCGUCAAAGUCGGAACGAGUUGCCAAGUGCCAUGCAUCGAGUCUGUUCUGGAGGUAAAUACAGAUGCCAGAAGCUCUGCCGCCUUCUCGUUCCGAGCGUUAGUUGCCGAAGGUUAUUUCAGCUCAGCUCUCCCGAGCGUGUCUGCGUAAUCGGUACAGGACCUCUCAUCUGUGAGCAGAGUCUUGUGGCCCCCCCCGCGAAGUGCCGAGCCCGCCAGGUGUGGAAUAUCAAACAGAUGAUCAAAUUAACACAAGAACAUAUAGAGGCACUGCUAGACAAAUUUGGAGGAGAGCAUAACCCGCCAUCAAUAUAUUUAGAGGCCUAUGAAGAGUACACCAGCAAACUAGAUGCUCUACAGCAGAGAGAACAGCAGUUAUUGGAAUCCAUGGGGAACGGAACGGAUUUCUCUGUCUCCAGUUCGGCUUCAACAGACACAGUUGCAUCAUCUUCCUCCUCUAGCCUCUCUGUAGCACCUUCAUCCCUUUCAGUUUAUCAAAACCCUGCUGAUAUGUCACGGAAUAACCCUAAGUCUCCACAGAAGCCUAUUGUUAGAGUCUUCCUGCCCAACAAGCAAAGGACUGUGGUUCCAGCAAGAUGUGGAGUGACAGUCCGAGACAGCCUAAAGAAAGCUCUGAUGAUGAGAGGUCUUAUUCCAGAAUGCUGUGCUGUUUACAGAAUACAAGAUGGAGAGAAGAAGCCAAUUGGCUGGGACACUGACAUUUCCUGGCUCACGGGAGAGGAGUUGCAUGUGGAAGUCUUGGAGAAUGUGCCACUCACGACACACAAUUUUGUACGAAAAACAUUCUUCACAUUAGCAUUCUGCGACUUUUGUCGAAAGCUGCUUUUCCAGGGAUUCCGGUGCCAGACAUGUGGCUACAAAUUUCACCAGCGCUGUAGUACAGAAGUGCCACUGAUGUGCGUUAAUUAUGACCAACUUGA